CCCGCGGGCCCGCCCCCGCCGCCCCCGGCCUCUCGUCCUCCGCCUUCAUGAAGCCGUUCGUGGUGCUGGCGCUGCCCGGCAUGUACCUCUUCUACAAGUACAGCCAGUACCGGCGGCAGCAGCAGGAGCAGAACCGCCGCAAGGUCACCGAGCGCGAGCUGCAGCACCUCAACCACAAGAUCGACAAGCUGCUGACCAAGCUGGAGGAGAACGAGCCGGAGAUGGCCACGUCGCAGGAGGAUGAGUGCGUGAUCUGCGUGAACGCCAAGGCGACGAUGCAGACAUCGCCAUGCGGGCACCGGGUGGUGUGCCGCAAGUGCUUCGUCAAGACCAUACAGAUGGCGGUCUCGCAGCGCCUGCUGCCGCUGCGCUGCGUCAUCUGCAGGGCCAAGAUCCUGCGCCUCAAGCAGAGCGGCGGUGGUGGCGGGGGCGGCUCCGGCUCGCUGCACCACCAUCACCAUCACCACCACCACCCGCACCACCCCCAGCAGCAGCCGCAGCACCAGCAGCAGCAGCACCCCGCGGCCUACGGCGCCGGCCUGCCCUGGGGCGUCAUGCCCAGCUCCGCGUCGCAGUACUCGGUCGGCAGCUCCGUGCCCAACUCCGAGUCGCUCUACUCCAUGACAUCGGGCUCGUCUUCCCUCUCAGGUGUGUCUUCCGUGAGCUCUGCGACGACGAGUAGCGCAGGCAGCAGCGGCAGUGGCGGCGGAGGCCUGGGGAAGGCCGGCAAGGCGGGGGCGGCGGGGGCGGCGGUGGCAGUGGCGGCGGCGGCGCGCGUGGGGCUUGGCUUCCCGCGGCAGCCCACCGGAUCCUUGCGGCGCUCGCAGGCGCACUCCAUGAAGCUGCGACUGCAGGACUACAAAGAGCCCGCGGCGCGCCCGGUUCGAGAGCCCGAGCACCGCCUGCCGCCCAUCAAGGAGUUCCAGCGGGAGUUCCGCGCCUGCAAGGAGCGCACCGCCUCCUCCUCCUCUACCAGGAUACGAUGCGCACAAAAAAUUGUCACUCAGUUGGAGACUACACCUGUGAAUAGAACCUCAAAGUCUAGUUAUUUCCGUUCACCUCUGAAACCUGCCAAUAAGGAGGACAAAAGGAGAAGUGAAAAGUGGAAAGAUGAAAGGAAAAAAGAAGACCGAAAAGACAAUGAAGAAAAUUUGGAAAACAAGAAGAAGGAAGAAAAGAUGAAUAAGAAGGCAGAGAAAAAAGAAGCAAAGCUGGAGAAGAAAGCAGAUAAGAAAGAGGAGAAAAAAGAAGCUAAAGCUGAAAAGAAGGAAAAGACAGAAAAGAAAGAAAAUAAAAAGGAAGCUAAGGCUGAAGCAAAGGAAAGCAAGAAGGCAGCAAAGGCAGAAAAGAAGAAAGAAAAAUCCAAGGCAGAGAAAAAAGAAAAAGAUUAGUUACAAAAUAGAUUAAAGAAAGACUUUUGAAUUUUAGAGAUAGAUAUUCGAGUGAGUAAUUUACUUGUAUAAAAUUUUUACAUCUAGUUUUAUUUUUAAUGACUAAUGCUCAUAUAUAUUGAAAACCUCCUUAUCAGUCUAAAUCCCAUAGACGAAACAGCAUCAGGGAAGAUUUACUUCAAUAUAAGUUCAUUUUAUAAUAGUCAGGAAACAAUUUUACCAGAAUGUUUGCACAAGUGAAGACUAAAAUUUCAAUAAUUACUGUUUAAAAAAAUGAUUUCUCCCAUUUAUAACAGAAAUUAGAAAUUUUUUGGUUUAUAUUGUCCCAGAAAUCAUAUAACCGUGCCGUUCAGUCAUCUGUAAGAGGUUGUUUAUCAAAUAUUUCACUUCCCAUAGACUUUUUUAUGUGACUCACAAGUUAAAAAUGGAGCCAACUAAGGAAUACAAGAGCAAUUUUGCUGCAGAAGAAAAAAUAAUUAUGAUGCAUAUCAUUAUGUCUCCCUUUCUACUAAAUGUAGGCACAUGCUAGAAAUGUUUAAGUAUUAUUCGUUGUUAAUGUAACACAUAAUGUAAAGUAAAUUGGAUCCAGAUUUAUAAAAGUUGAGGGAGAUAUCUAAUUCUAAAAUAAAAGCUAAUAAAGUGACAGCCUCUUCAUAUAAAGAAAGUGAGAUAUGUUACAGAAGUAGAAAACAAUUAAACAAGGAAAACAACAGAGAAACAACAGUUUUUUUGUAAAAAGCUCUAAGACAUCUAAAUUAGAGAAACUGGGAAUGAGAGAGCGUGUGAGUGAGUGAGAGAGAGAGAGAGAGAGAGAGAGAGAGAGUAGACAUGUGUGUGUGUGUGUGUGUGUGUGUGUGUGUGUGUGUGUGUGUGUGUGUGUGUGUCUGUGUGUGUGUCUGUGUCUGUGUGCAUGUGUGUGUGUUUGAGAGUGUGUUUUUAUCUCUAUAUGACUACAAGAAUUCAUUUGGAAUUUCUAGCUUUGCACUCAAUCUCUUUUUAUCCUGUGAGACAUAUGGUUACCAUGAUAGACCCCAAACUAAUAUAUAUGCGGUGUUGUUUAUAUCCAUCUUUAGUACUGGAUUUUGAAUCAAAAACAAAUCUGUUAUGAUGCUGGAAGCAGUUAUUUGUGAACUUAAGAUGCUAGAGUUGUGUUAAUAUACAGUGUAAUUAUAGUACCUGGCCUACUAAAUGAAGUAAACUUUUCUAAAAUCUUCCAUCACAAGGCAGUAGCGCUUUCAUCCUCAGUUAUUGCACAAGCAAUUGUAAUACUGUUUUCACUGUUUCAUUUAUUCUCUCCCAUUGAACUUUCUCAUUAUGUAUCAAGUGUUAUCUUCGAAAUUAAGAUUCUUUCAUCUGCCAACAUAUUUCUUCAGCUGAUUUCUUCUUAACAUUUCGAAGCUGGACACAAAAAUUCAAGUUACAAUCAACACAAUAGUAGUUAUGUGGAAGGACUGCAUCUGCAUAUUUAAUUCAUUUGGUGCUUACACCAUCUUCAGUUGUCUAGCAGCAUUUACAUUCAGUUAUUUCACUUUUCUCCCCUCUAACUCCAGUUUCUCUUCCAUCUGUAUAAGCAACUAUCUGCAUCAUGUGCUGAAACAUCUUUUUCUGGUUUUCGCUCUAUAAUAGAGGAUUCUAAUUAUGUCUGCUUAAUUUAUACUUCCAUUUUUUCCUUAGCUUAUUACUUCUGUUCAUCCUCCAAUAGUUCCUUUGCUUAAUUUUCUUCAUCUUAAAUUGUACAUUUCUGUAGCUAUUUAUUUUUCAGAAGUUUUAUGUUCACCCUCUUUCAUCAGAUAAUAAGUUAAAACAAAAUGUGAUGUGUCAGAUAUUCAGUUUAUCUACAUGUGUUGCUUUCUUUUUAUACACAUGUAUUUGUAUUCUCCUGGCCACUUUAUGGUGUGUGGUGGAGGUUACUACAGGUAGCUCUGCUACAUCUCACUCCUCGUUUUCCAGUCAGAAAUUAUUGGUCUAAUGGUUUUCAUCCUGUAGAUCGAUAUCUAUAUCCCAGUUUGUAGGUAAUGUUUCUUCCUAUUUACUAAAUUACCAUAAGAUAUCUGUUCAUCAUCGUCAACCUUCUCUUCCUCUCAUCAGUCUCACUUUGUUUUCAUAUAUCUAUGGAGCCAGCGAUUUUAAAAUUGAACUGUUAACCACUUUAACUUGUAUUGGAUGUAACAAUACUGCAUUAUAAUGUUAUCAUAUAUAAAAAAACGUGUUCCUACAGUUCAUCAGAAAAUUUCUUUUGUUAACAGUCUAUGCCAUUUGUCAAGUAAAUCUGAAUAAUUACAAAUAAAAUAACAGAGCAGGUAAAUUCUCUCAGUAAAUCUUUCAGUCACUUCUUAAUAAGUAAAGACGAUUUUUUAUGUUUAAGUGGAAUUUGUGAUAGUAAAAUGAACUAUGGUGUGUUUUGACAGUGGAUAAAAGAGAGUAAAAUAAUAUUAUUCUUCAUGAGUAUAAUGUCAUCCAUACUGAGCUAAUCAUCACAUAUGUUCCUGAAGCAACAUUUAAUGUGCAGUGUGGAAGACAUCAUCAUUAUCAUCAAUAGUAGCAAGUACCACAUGUAAAGUACUUAGCUACAAUGAAGUGUUGUUUCGUCUAUGGGACUUCACACAUUUUGUUUCAGUUCUUUAACAGAAAUAUCAACCUACACUACAAACGUUUUGACACACAGGUGAUCCACUUCAGACACACUAGUGGUUUGCACGCCUUCUGCAGUUCUGUGUCAGCACCAAUCACAGAGAUAACUUCAGAUUUUAUAUGAGAGGUUAUUACAUGUCAAAUAUGUUUCAUGAUAUUGCCUUUUUUAGUCUUAUAUGAUUUUAUAACCUGUUUGCUUCAUUUUUUAAGUAUCACAGGUACUAUGGUGUUCACAGCAGAAGUAAAUAAAUUAUACUUAAUAUUUCUGCAAUCCAUAGAACUGUAAAGUUUGUGUGCCUGGAAUGGAUUAAUGAGUGGAAAGCAUGUGACAUAAGUGUCUCGUUUAUUUGUUAUUGUUGUAUUUCGAUUAAAAGAAUUAGUUGAAGCUGUACUAUAACUUAAGUAGUAUUUAUAGAGGAGAUUUCAUUAAUAUAACAAAAAGAACAGUAUUUCUCUGACACACAGAAAAAUGUUUCCAGAUAUCCAGUGUUGGUGCUUCAAGCAAAGGGUAUCUAAAACUGUGAUAUUGAAAUACAAUAAGCAAGCUUGUCUCCUGUAGUACAGGUGGAAACCACUUUCUGUUUAAUGAUUAAAACUUAAUAAUGCAGUAAUCACUCUAUACAGUCAUGAGUAAUUGGUAGAGUAAUUAAUUUGCAGGAAAGAUAAGGCUUAAAAAAAGAAAGCUAUUUUUGAAAAGAAGGCUUAUUUUAAUAGCCAGCGUUUUUUUAAAUAAUAGCUCCCUGUAGAAAAUUUUAAUGUAUUUUUACAAUCAUGAUUUGUGUAUUAUUUCCAUAUGAAAUGCACGUUAUCAUAGUGUUUCAAAGUCAUGACCAAAUGCUGUCUGCAUUGAUUUAUUGAUAACUAAAGACAUUUAUUCUGAGAAUAGGCCUACUCAGUUUCACUGUGGGUUGUCCACAUUUCAUCUACACAACAAGAAUUCUGUGGCUCAUCAACUAAACUGCUUCAAAUUCUCAUGUUGAAACUCCAGCAAAGCCUACUCAUGAAUUCUCAGCUCACUUCACCAAUUAAUGUCAGCUACUCAUGAUUACCAUUAUUCCAAUUUUCAAUAAAGAAACCGACUUCUGUUUAAAAUCUACAACGUGGAGAUCUUGUUAGAUAAAUAAGAAAUCACCCAUAUUUUGACACUGAUGUAUGAGAGCCAUCAAAAGAAUGUGCGAUGUUUCUUACCUGCAAGAAUUACGAAGUUAUACUGAAACUCUUGAUUUCGCAAAUUUAAAAAAGGUGUUGUAGUACAAAGAAAGUUUUAGAAGUGUUAGUGAAAUGAGAUAAUGGUGUAACUUGUUAUUUGUAAGUAAAAUAUUAUGUGCUAUUUGGUAUUAUGUGAAUAGUGGUAGUAAGUGUUCCAUGUAUCAAACCUAUAUCUGUGAUUUGAAGAGGAAAAAGAACUAAACAUACAAAACAGGUCUGUGCAUCGAUGAAGGCUUACUAUAGUUGCUGACACGAAAAUUGGCGGGUGAAGGUCAUUCCAUCUCUAUACAGUCAGGUUGGGGUUCCUAAAAUUUUCAGGUUCUCGUCUAAUAACACUAACAAAGAUAGGGAAAAGAACUUGAUAAAAUGCUCCAAUUGAUGUACUUAUAAACGACGAAACUUGCUUGGUUAUUGCAACAAACAAUCUCACGUUACAAUUCUGAUAAAACAUUACUUUUUACUUCAACCAGGAAAAACAUCAUAAUGCCUCAUGAAAUCAAGUUGAAAAAAUUAAGAAUCUUACAGAAGGUUGCUUUUUACCUACAGUAGUUAAGAAAUAUACAAAAGAUAUAAAAUAUGUCAUAAAAACAUAAUAUAAAGUUUUUGUCAUAUGUUGGUUAAAUUGUAACUGACUGACUUACAUUCAUGUUACCCAAGGAAAAACUUACAGCGAGAUAGAUUCUCCAAAAACACAGAUAUUAUUUUUGGAAGCACAAAAGGCCUGCUACUGUAUUAGCCAUAACUGAUGUUUAAUCUUCUUCAUUUUUGCCCAUGCAAAUGCUUUACGUAAUGUGGUACAUAUGCUUUGUUAGGUUUCAUAAAUAUGCAAAGCACUUCCAGUCACGACAAGAUCCAGCACUCAAAGCAUAAAAAAAGAGAGAAAAAUUUUGAAGUAUAAGGCAAAGGCAAUGCAGUCAAGUCAGUUGAAAUAUGAAUGUGAAUAAGUUCGAAACAAGUUUCUAGAAAAAUCCGCAGAACCGAAAAUUUUAUUUUAAAUGAUAAUUGUCACAUGUAAGCAAAUGUUGGGUCAAGCGCCAAAAGUCUGAUUCGGAGAUAAUCAACAAAAUGUGUGUAGCCGUUGUACAAAAGCAGUACAAAAGUUGGGGAUCGCGAGAUACGCACAAACAUUAUACAGGUUUCACAUCAUAUAUGUGUUUUUAUGGUAGCUAGUAGGUUUAAGAACAAAAUUGUACAAAAUUUUAAGAAAAUGAAACUUUCUAUGGGCAAUAAUUUUAACAUAGUCAACGAUACAAGUAUCAUCAUAUACACUUUCUCUCAUUUCACAAUGAUCUCAUGAAACUACUUAUUCUGCUCUUUUACAAAUGGAUCCAUUUUAGCUAAAUCCCCUCUCUUUUCUUUAGCCAGUUGGGGUUAAGAAAGUAGUGUUUCCAGCUCCACAUCAGAAGGCUUCAGGCUCCUACUCCUUGAGCUGUUCAACUAGAUUGAUAUUUGACCAAACGUACAGUACAUGUAUCCAUUCAACAGUCUCUUCAAACAUGAUUUUGAAGCCCGGGAAAUUCUUAUUUUUCAGCAGCUUUUUCUUGCGUAACCAGCGAUGAAGCUUAUAAAAGCUUUCGGAAUUUCACACACAAUUAGCCUCUUUGGUUUCUCAAUGCAUGUAAAAUCACCAUAAACUUCUGUUCAUGUUUGUGCAAAGUAAACCUUUGCUGUUAGGUAAGUAAAUGGUUCCAUGCAAGUAGUUAACUGUAAUCUCAUAAUAAGAACGAUCAUUGUUGUCUAAACGAAAGUCGUUCCUGUAUUAAAUUAAAUGCAUUAAAAUACUUUAACAUUACUUACAUUUCCAAGGUGUAUAAUAAACUUUAAAACGACAGUCAAGGUCUACCUGGUGUUUGGGAGCCUCUUUAGCUGAACCACAAUAUUACCUUUUUGAUCAUAUUCCUUUCCUUCACUGCACGGUUCCUUCCUAUCACUUCAUGCACUAACUUCUCCUCCCUUCCUCCAUUUUGGUGCAGUUUUCGUUUCCAUUUUGCAAUAUUCUGUAUUAUUUAGAUGUAAUUAUUUCAGCAUUGCCCUUUUCUGCAAACAAAGCACAGAGCUACUUCAUUUUUUCAGCAAUUCAGACAAGUGCAAGCGAAGACAUUAACAAAGAGCUGGUGCAUGACUCUUGAUUUGAACAUCGAUGUUGGUCUUUGACAUGAGUGUUAUCUUUAGACCACUGUAAACACUGUUUCCCACUGUUCUCGCGCUUGUUUCAGAAUAUAUGUUAUUGGUCUCAGCUUUCACAGCGGAAUUUCACCAGUAACUCAAAUUUUCCUUCUUUGGCGCUUGACCCCCUAUUUACUUACAUGCCACAAUUACUGACCAGUAGGCUAACUUCCAAACCUUGUGAUAGGUUUGUCACACAUCUGAUGGGAACACUCAUUCGCACUGUGCCCGCCUUAACUAAAGUAAAAAUAAAAAUUUAAAUCAGCUAAGCUCUUUACAUAGCCUUCACUUGCCUAAACUAGAAUACACUCUGGUUCUGUGCCUACAGGUUCUCUGUCGCUUGUUUCGGACAGAUGUACAGUAAUAAGUCACCCUAUACUGUCUCUUAGGUCAUGGCCAAAAAAUCGACUUCUACAUGUCUUAUGCACAUCACCCAGUCAUGCUGAGUAACUUUUCCAGAACAUCAAGUGUUACUUGCUCCACAUCAGCAAGUUAAAAAGCAGCCACGUCUCGUUAUCCUAGACCCAUAUCAGCUCAAUAGGAGUACAUUGGCAGCGAUGAAGCGCCAAAUGUAUAACUUGGUGUUCCAUUUAGUUUUCCAGUUGGCUACUUAAAUAUUCAAUAAUGCAUGACACCAUUCAAAUGAUGUGAUUCAAAUACAACUUUAAAAUAGAAACACUAAAUUAUUGUUUCCAUUAAGCUAAAAUGUGAUGGAAUAUGUCUUUUGGGAAGGAAAGGACUAACAAAUAUCAUUCAAACUGGCAAAUAUGGAUUAUAACUGACGAAAACACCAAAACAGAAAGAAAUAUCAAACCUUUUGAAUCUUUGUCUUUCAUACAUAUUUAAUUCAUUAUGCAAAGUAAGAAUUAAACAUGUCGAAGAUGUUUGUAGCUCAGACACAAGGAAGAGGAAAUGAUUUUUGGACACUAAGAGCCAAAAAUGUCAACAAAUAUAGAAAUGGUAUCUGAGGUUUUACUCUGAAACGUUUCACCCAGCUACCUGAAGUGUAAUGAAUACUGUCAAAACUGUGAAAAUUCUAACAGGUUGUCAUCACAGUUCUGAUGAGAAGAAAGCACAACAAACCAUGGAAGAAAUUGUAAAGAAUGCAAAUAGUAGAGACAGAAAGAGGUAGGAAGGAGAUAAGCUAUGUGGAGCUGAACAAGGAAGUAAUGAAAUUUAAAACACAGAGGAAAGAAGAGUCCUGACAGUGGAGUAAUAAGAGGUGCAGCAAAUUCAAUAAAAUAAAAUUUAAUACUUUUUGAAUAGUUUGUUGAGUGCUCUUACUUUAAUGUCAUACUUCAGUUUUCUACUCUUAUCAAGUUUUCGUGUCAGUGUGGGCUCUCAUUUAUUGAAGGGUUAUUGGCUGCCUUGCUUCCUCCUUCCAUAUUUCUAGGGUUUCUGUUCAUGUGUUUAUAAAAAUUCUUGGUUUCAAAAGAGCUUUAGAUUAACUGCUUGUCUUAAAAUGAAUCUAUUUUGGAAAGAAUAAUUUACACAGAAAAUUCUUCAUAAACAAGUGUUCAUUAAGCUGUCAGAGUACUGCAAAAUCAUUACACAAUAUCUCCUACAAAAAUAGAAAACGUUUGUUUCUAAAAUAGCUAACAUUAUGUACUGUGGUUAAUUUGAGUAGUUUGAUUGUGUGGUGUCACAAAAAAACUGUUACAUUAUGGUUUUAUCAUUGACAUUCCCUUUGUCUAUAUACAGCCUGAAUCAGUUAUAUUGCCAUCAAAGCAGUAUAACAUAAUUAUAUGAUUCUAUACAAGGGCCGAAGUUAUGGGGGUAUCAAUCUUCGCAUCUCAUGCAAAUGUGAAGCAGUUACAUGAGCGAUAGCAAAGGCGUUUCCCUCCACAUUAUUAACAGUAUUAAAAGUCAUCUCAUUCAUGAAUUGUAGUUGAGAUUUAGUCAUGAAUUAUACCAGUGGCCUAAACUGCAAAUAAUUCAGAAGUUUUAAUUGUCAGAUUUAUACCUUGCAAAAUAAAUUCUGUCCCCAUUCAGAAUAAAAUAUGUUACAUUUAAAUAGCACAUGCCAA